UACUAGGAUAAUGAUUAUCACAACACAUUUUUCAUGCUUCUUAUAGGCCGGUGUCUGUACAUUGACGAGUUGCUUUUCUGGUUAGAUAUUACAUUUGGACAACAUGGACGAUUUAGUUAUCGAUGGCAUAGGGACUAUUGAAGUUACAACCACAGACAUACCUGAUGCCCACGAGGAUACAAUGGUGCAACCCGUUGCAGAUGCAAUCCCCCAACGCUCUGAGCUAAGAGUUAAGCAUGCGCAACAGGACCACCCGGAGGGGGAUCAGUUAGGAGGAGCACUCGUUACAUAUAAACAUGACCAGGGAUAUUUCAUCCAUCGAUUUGAGGAAUUUGGCUUAUACAAAAAAUCUCUUUUAAGAGACUCUCUUCAUUUGAAGCAAAACGAUCAGCUGGUCGAGCUCAAUGAACAUGAUGUGAACACACUAGACCACGACACAGCGGUGAAGCUGUUUCUGAACUUAGAAAUUGGACAAGAUAACACGAUUCUGGCUGCCAAUUACCAAGUUUCUACAGAUUCACUACGGAAAAUAACAUUCACAUUAUAUGGCUUCACAACAGAAAAACCCGAAGAGGAGGAGGAGAAGCCGAUGGAUAUGAUACGGGUAGAGAAUGUUACACUAACGUCAAUGCAUUUAAGUAGUAAAGCCAAAGAUGAGGUGACUAUUGCAACAAAGAAGAAGCCACAUUUGUACCUAAAUAAAGACCUUUCAUUUACAUCACCCGGAAUUCCUGAAAAAGAUAAAACAGUACAUUUCAUAAGACAUCGCUCGCGGAAGUUUGUUAACAUGGCAGUAAUUAGAAACACAACUUUUCAACGAAAGGAUACUGGCUUCCUGGCUGUCGAUGAAAGAGAAAAUGUGACGCUGCUGCCCAACUCUCAUCCUAAUGUGAACUUCGACGCAAGUUUCAACAAUUGGGGUAAUUGGUAUAUCGAGUCCAAACGCUGUGGCUGUUUUCUUGCUGAACGCAACAGAAGGCUGGUUACCAUACCAAAAGACAUGGAUGGUCAGUUUAUCAUCAAAGCUGUCGACUGCCGGCAUUGUCUCUAGAUAUAUACAUUACGUCAUUACGGAAUGCUGUUUCGUGAAACAAACUAAUCCAAUCCUGACUGUUUUAUGCUGAUAAUGACCAAAAGGGAUAUAUAUAUAUUUAUAUUAUUGAUAUAAGAUAUGACUAGUUAAUGUGUUUGCUUUUUACUUUAAAUUUUCAUAUUGAUAUUAGAAGAUAAAGUUUACUUACUUACUUGGCUGCUGACAGGAUAUGCUAUUGCCUAAAUGUAAUACGAGCAAUGAUAACUAAUCAUAAACAUUAUUUUGCAAAUAAAAUUACCUUCAAUGCUUGAAAUAUGAACCAUUUCAUAUGUUUUUCACUUCACCUUAAUUGUGACCAAUGUUCACAAUCAAAUAAGUCUAAAGCAAUUAAGUUUACAUAGACUGAUUUGAUACGCCUGUGACCGAUUAAAAUUUUUUUUAAGUGUCACUUUGUUGAUUUGAUACUGUUCAUCCUUCUUUACACCGAAUUAACAUAUGGUCAAAUCAUGUCACCAAAGUCGCGUUGAAAAAUGGAUGGUUAACCACUGUGAUGGAUAAACUUGAUCGAAGUAAGACACAAAUUCUUGUUAUACUUACAUCCACUACAUCAUGUCAAGAUUGAUAGCCAUUAAAUAUUGCUGUACAAUACAGGUUAAAAUGUCUGAUAUAUUUUUGUAUAUUUCCUCAUCAUUGGGCUUGCUAUUUAAUGGCAUUUGAUUGCAGUUUUCUGAGAACAGGGUGCAUAUCCUUUUCCCCAGACUAGAAUCAUUGAAAGAAUCCUCCCCUACCUCAAGGCUGUGAUAACGAAUCUCCAACUCUACGGAUAAUAUUCUUGUUGUCUGGCCUGUGGCUCUGUCAAGUAUACGAUUGAAUUGUUGACAUAUGACGUCACUGUAAUGUUGUAGUGACGUAAUUGAAUGUUGACAUGUGACGUCACUGUAAUGUUAUAGUGAUGUAAUUGAAUUAAUAUCACGUGACGUUACUGUUAUGUUGUCGUGACGUGAUUGUAUUGUUUAUAUGCUACGUUAUUGUAAUGUUGACAUGACGCGAUUGUAUUGCUGACGUGUGACGUUACUCAAAGGUUGACGUGAUACGAGUAAAUUGCUGACAUAUGACAUUACUGUAAUUUUGUCGUGACGUGAUUGUAUUGUUGACAUGUGACGUUACUGUAAAGUUGUAGUGACGUAAUUGAAUUGUUGACAUGUGACGUCACUGUAAUGUUAUAGUGACGUAAUUAAAUUGUUGACAUAUGACGUCACUGUAAUGUUAAAGUGACGUAAUUGAAUUGUUGACAUGUGACGUUACUGUUAUCCUGAUGUGAUGUGUUUGAGUUGUUGACAUGUGACGUUACUGUAAUGUUGUCGUAACGUGAUUGGAUUGUUGACAUGUGACGUUACUUUAAAGUUGUAGUGACAUAAUUGAAUUAUUGACAUGUGACGUCACUGUAAUGUUGUCGUGACUUGAUUGGAUUAAUGAUACGUGACGUUACUGUUAUGUUGACAUGAUACGAGUAAAUUGUUACUGUAAUGCUGUAGUGAGGUGAUUCACAUGUUUGAGCAAAAUGUGAAUGACCGGAGAAAAUGUGAAUGAAGGGGGAUAAUGUGAUGCUAUGUUACCAUACCGUGAAACACAGCCCAAGAAUCCAUCAUUUCAGUAAACGUUCCGAACUUCCUUUCUAUGUUUUUUUUCUGUCUUUUGCAUCUUAAUUAUUAUUCUUGAGGUUAGCUUUUGACAAAUCAAUAAGACACUGUGUAUGUACGUGUUUCUAAUAUCAUAUUUCCUCAAUCAAAGGAAGAGGACGUGGCCUGAUUGUGACAUACCACAACGACUAACCCUGUGAUAAAUCAAAACAGGCUUACACAAACUGAAAGUUUUUUAUGUUCCUGAAGAUGAUGACCAAGUGUAAUAUAGAAACGAAAUGAGGAUUAAACACAAUAGCAAAGGCGAA